CGCGGGAUCUCCAUUGAUGUGAUGCAUCAGAAGAAGUCGGAAGUUCAGAUCGGGAAAGAAAGUAGCGGCAUCUCUUUCGAUUUCAAUCCUUAUCCCCCUCUACUUUUCUUUCCUCAGAUCGUGUCUCACCACCACCACCGUGACCCCUCUUCCCCGACCGCCCCUUACAAGCGUCGUUUUGCUCCUUCUCCUCCUCCUUCUGUCUCUUCUCCGGAAUCUUCUCUUCCGCUCUCUCUUCGCCGCUUCCCUCUCUUUCUCUUUCUCCUCCCUCUCUCUUAUUUCCUCCUCUCCCAUCCCACUCGCUCCUUCCUUGUCGAUUUCCUCUCCGCCUUCGGUUUCUCCGUCGCUCUUCUUUUCUCCCUAAAUCUCGCCCUCCCUCGCCUCCUCUCGAUCCGCUUGUACCUAGCACGCUCCUUCCCCUCCCCGAAUCCUUUGCCUGUCUUGUGGUCCAUCGGCUCUCGCCUUAAAUCUGACAAGAGGGGAAGCUCCGGUUGCUGGGUCCAGCUCUAUAGCAACGGUGACGCUUACGAGGGAGAGUUCCACAAGGGCAAGUGCUCCGGCAGCGGCGUCUAUUACUAUUCCAUGAGCGGCAGGUUUGAAGGUGACUGGCUUGACGGCAAGUACGAUGGCUAUGGUGUUGAGACCUGGGCCAGAGGCAGCCGUUACAGGGGCCAGUAUAGGCAGGGUCUUCGCCACGGUUAUGGGAUUUACAGAUUCUACACUGGAGACAUGUUCUCCGGCGAGUGGUCCAGCGGACAGAGUCACGGCUGCGGAGUUCACACCUGCGAAGACGGAAGUCGCUAUGUUGGGGAGUUCAAGUGGGGGUUCAAGCAUGGUCUUGGUCAUUACCACUUCAGGAACGGGGACGUAUAUGCUGGAGAAUACUUUGAUGACAAGAUGCAUGGAUUCGGGGUCUAUGUGUUUGCAAAUGGUCACCGGUACGAGGGAGCCUGGCAUGAAGGUAGGCGGCAGGGGCUGGGAAUGUAUACAUUCAAAAAUGGAGAAGCACAGUCAGGCCAUUGGGAGAAUGGGAUUCUCGACAUUCCAAGCACUCAAAAUACAACUUGUUCCGUAUCUUCUGUUGCAGUCAACCAUUCCAAAGUGCUAAAUGCAGUCCAAGAGGCACGGAGAGCUGCCGAGAAGGCUUAUGAUGUAGACAAGGUUGAUGAGAGAGUUAAUAGAGCAGUUACAGCCGCCAAUAGAUCAGCCAAUGCUGCAAGAGUGGCGGCCGUCAAAGCUGUCCAGAAACAAUCUAGAAACAUGGACAACUUUCCGAUUCCUGUCACUUUCAAUUCCAAUGGGAAUCGUUUGAAUCUGCUUCCUCGGGAAUCUCCGGCUGUGUUCAGAGGAGGACUCGUCGGUGUAGUCUAUUCCGAGAAGAAUUCACGGCGGCUAGAUGUAUUUAAACAUUCUCAGACCAAUUGUCUGCUCGAGUUCUUUCCGCCAUCGACGAUGAAUGAUACUCACUCGCAUACUGACAUUUCCAUCAAACAAGUCACUCAUGAUGCAGCCUCAGAAUCACAUAAUAGGGAAAAGAUGCAUGUUCAAUUGACCCAGCAAACCUCUGAAAAAGUUGAUGAGCAAGAGCCCAAUGCUUUUGGAGCUAAGAAAGAGACAGGAAACAUGUGGAUGCCUGAUGCUCAAGUGAUUAGGGCAAAGGUUUAUCUUUCACUUCCAUCUGCAAAGGCCAAUGCACAUUUUGUGAGAGAGCUUCGACUCCGUAUUAAAGAAGUUCAACGGGCACUUGCUGUUGCCUCCAAGGAUUCGGAUCUGCCAAAGAAGACUUCACUGCCACCCUCUGUGCCUCAGUACAGAGACUACUAUGCUUUAAAUUCAUCUGAACAACAAUUCCCAAAUCAGGAGAAACUAGAAGAUACUCAGCUGUAUCACUAUGCCUUUCUCUUUGAUAAUUUUUUGGCUACGUCAGUUGUUGUUAACUCUACCAUAACCAAUGCCAAGCAUCCCUCAAAGCAUGUCUUCCACAUCGUCACAGACAGACUCAAUUGUGCGGCAAUGAGGAUGUGGUUCCUGGACAACCCACCAGGCAAAUCCAGCAUCCAGGUGCUCUUCUUGGAUGAUGAUAUAGUUGUGCAGAAGGACCUUUCUGGUCUUUGGUCAGUUGAUCUGAAAGAAUCAAGACCGAGAAUUAUGGAAGCUAGGGACAAUGCCACCUGGUCUCAUCACCAGAUUGUAAGACGAACAUAUCCGCUAGACCGGAAGUGGCACAUACUGGGCCUUGGAAACAACCUGAGUGUGAACCAGAGGGAUAUUGAGAGGGCAGCGGUGAUAGACUAUAAUGAGUUGGGUGUUCGUGAGCUUGUCUUAUCUUGGAGAUCCAAGAAGCCGGCUUUCAUUAGUCCUCCUUCCUUUCAAAAACAAGAUGAUUGCUGGGCACAUGCGUUUGCUAAUGGCCUCUCUGCUGUGAUGAUCCAACUUGGAAUCACAGGGAACCUUCCUACUGCACAGAAGCUGGUUAAUCAAAUCGACAAGAAGCUUCUAACAGAUUCUAUGAGUAUCGUCAAGUGUAGUUAUGCUGCCCCUUCAUUGCUUCAAAAUUAUGGCUUUCGUUUAAUUGUGCAUCGUCGUCCCAAACUGCAUUUGAUCAAGGAGAAUGAAGAUUUCGAGAAGUUUCUAGAGCGUCGGGUAGCUAUAAAUCAAGUCGAGGUGUGUGGAAGAUUCCACUUCUCUUCGUCUGGAGGGAAAGAGAAGUGAAUGAUUUCUCCAAAAUUAGAGAAAUCAUCACGCACUUGUUCCGAUCUGCCAGCUCGAGAUAGCUUCUUAGAGAAACCACUAAUACAGAAUGAUUUAUACC